UGGCCGCUCUCAGCCAUAAACCGAUAAACAACAAUUCAAAUCAAACGGUACCCGCCGUGACGUUCUACUUUCAUGUGGCACUUUUAGAUGCAUGUCCAAAAGACCUACAUGUUAUGGCACAGCUGUGGGCGAAGGUAUACUAACCAUGGUAUUUUGUCUGAAUUAUUUACAAGCAUUUUGUGAAGAUUGUUUUGUGCACAUUUUUUAGAGGAUGCCAUUCGCUCUGCUGAUGUUGAUUUUGUAUCAUCCUGUUGCUGACAAUACUGGGCGGGUGAGUUGGAGAUUGAGAGAGAACUAAUUGCCUUUAACUUAUCGCUUUAAACUUGAGUUGUCCGUGACACUGGGCCUACAUGUUAAUAACACCAUUCAAACUCAUUGAUGUGACAACGACUUCCGUCUGCACUGGCAGUGGUAGGCAACCGGAACCUUCAUCAGGCACAUCGCCUUCAAAAACAACUUGCUUUUGGGUUUGAGUUCAUAGCUUGAAAUCACCAUGCGAUCAACGACUGCCGAAACCCUAGCUGAAAGCAGUGUAGAGCUACACCAUGCUUCACAUCCUGAGAUGAUGUUGAGCUCACUGCAAAUCCUUAGAAAAGACCGACAAUUUACGGACGUCAUCUUGCGAGUGGGCGGAGAGGAUUUCCACUGUCACCGUAACAUCCUCACAGCGUCCAGUGCUUACUUCAAGAGUAUGUUCUCAAAUGAUAUGAAGGAGCGGAGAGAAGACAUUGUUGAGAUCAAAGGGGUCUCGGCAAUCAGUAUGGAGUUGAUCUUAGACUAUGUGUACACGGCAAUAGUUACCAUAACUGCAGACAACGUACAGGGACUCCUGGGCGCAGCAGAUCUACUUCAACUCACACUAGUGCGCCUCGCCUCUCAGAAUUUCCUCGAAACGCAGAUCCAUGCUUCAAACUGCUUAGGGAUACACCUUUUGGCCGAGCAACAUUCAUGCACAGAGCUGUCGCAGAAGGCAUGGUCGUUCGCUCUGCAGAAUUUUCCCCGGGUGUGUUCACACGGAGAGAUUCUCGAGCAGUCCCCGGAGAUGUUGGUGAAGUAUUUCUCAAGUGACGAACUUGUAGUAGAUUCAGAGACGGAUGUGUGUGAGACCAUACUAAACUGGGUUUUAGUCGACUUGCAGGAACGGAAGCACCAACUACACGUUUUGUUGACCCAUCUCCGGACCCAUCUUUUGCCGAGAAAAUAUCUCACGGAGAAAGUGGUGAAAAACGAGCUGAUAUCGUCGCUCGUUGAUACCAACAAACUCUUGAGUUCGUCGUACGGAGGAAGCGAAAUAUUCGUCUCUCGUAAGCCGGGCCGCCGUCGCACCCGCUCCCGUAAAGUGAUCGUUGUGGUCGGCGGGGUUGGACCCGCUAACAUCAAACUCAGAGAACUCAAAUAUUACGACCCUGCCGACCGCAAAUGGGGCACUCUUGCCCAGCUGCCUUCUUCUGCCGAUUCCGUGAGCGGGGUCGACGUGGUGGACAACGACAUUUACGUGACGGGGUUCAGGGGCGAUGUGUCGGCGUUCAGAACGACGAGCGGCCGGUGGGACGUCGUGUCAACCUCGGAGAUUGAUGCUGGGUCUAGGCAGAGGAGAGGCUCUGCGGUGCAAGGAGGCUUUGUGUACCUCAUUGGAGGUUACGAUGGGUCUGUCAGACUGGCAAGGGUGGAUAGAUUCAACACUAGAACCAAACAGUGGGAAACGGUUACACCCCUCCCGGAUGCAGUGAGCUCGCCUGCCGCAGCCACCUACGGCGGACGGAUCUACGUCUUCGGCGGUGCGCUCUCCAACGAGAUCGCUACCGACCGGGUCCGAUGUUACGACCCGGAAACCAACGAGUGGUUCCCCAGAGCACCGAUGCCUCACGCCCUCUCAGGCAUCGCAGCAACGGUGAUGGGUGACAAGAUCUACAUCGUUGGCUGCCUCUCACAGAUCGUGCAUCGCUACGAUCCGCUGAAAGACUCGUGGAGCCAGGUGACCAGUAUGCGACGCACGAGGGCGCUGUGUUCUGCUGCCGUAUGUGAUGACAAGUUGUACGUCACUGGCGGAGAGGAUCAGCCGAAUAGCCUGACGGACACAAUGGAGUGUUUUGAUCCCGUGACUAAUAGAUGGGCUCCAUGCUAUGGUCUGCCGUACCCGCUCAAGCUACACAGUUGCGUCACAAUCAUUAAAAGACUCUAAGGACAAUAACGCCAAUUAAUUAAUUUUUUAAUUUUUACAAUCGAUGUGACACAGCAUUUUGUUAAACGACCCUCCACAAGACAUUACAUAAUCCUGGCUGUGAAACAAAUAAGAGGAUCUAAUAAGUGAAAUAGGCUUAGUGCUCAAAGACGCACAAAGGCCCGCAGACCGGGACCCAAACCCACACUCAUGCGACCAGAAACACGAAGGCCACGAACCCGGCACGGUCACGAUGGACACGCAAAAACUGCUAAGUUUUAGGUGACCACUCGGAGAUCUACCCAAAAUCGCGAAAACAAAACAAAACAAAACGUGAACAAAGUUUUUAUCAGCUUUGCCAAUGCUGUAGCAACAACUGAUGUAUUUUAAACAGAUUUUAAACAUUAUUUUUUUCAUGUUUAACUUACAAUUUUUUUUGUAUUGUUUAUUAUUUUGGACAUAGGUGGGCUUAUUAAACCUUUUGACAAUAAACAUUAAUUGCUAGAAUACCAUGAUUAAUCUAUAUUAAACUGUUUCUUGAACGGAAAGUGUA